AUGGCGGCGCCCAUCCCUCUCCAUGCUGACCACAGCCGAAUGCCUCCAAUUAGGUGGAUCGCCUUGGAAGUGGUCAAUAAGGUCCCGAAAAAGGACAUCCUUGUUGUACAAGGAGACUGGAAUGCCAAAGUAGGAAGUGACUCCUAUCAAACCUGGAAAGGCACUUGUGGAAAAUACAGUAACCUCUCAACCAAUGAACGAGGUCGAAGACUGUUAGAAUUUGCAAAAUACAACAAUCUCUUACUGGCUAACACACUAGGAUGCCACAAAAAAUCGCGUAUAACCACAUGGCACAGUCCGAACGGAGAGCACCACAACCAGAUCGACUAUAUCAUGGUGCAACAGAGUUUUAAGACAAGCAUCCAUACAGCUAAAACAAGAAGUUUUCCUGGAGCUGACAUUGGAAGCGACCAUGACCUUGUUAUGACGACCCUUAAAGUACACCUAAAAAAGGUAACAAAACAAGGACCUACCAGGAUAAAAUUUGACCUGGACAAGCUGAAAGACCCCCAAGUAGCUGCCAUAUUCGAGGCACAAGUAGGAGGACGCUUUGCAGCCCUCAACAUCUUGGACUCCAAUGACCAGGAUAUCGAUACGCAAGUCAAUAUGCUAAACACAGCAGUCACAGAUACAGCCCUGGAAAUAUUAGGGAAGCUCCGCCCGCCCAAAAAACCCUGGGUAACAGAGGAUAUACUCCAACUCUGUGACAAGCGACGGGAGCUUAAAGGGAAAAAGCUGUCCGACCCAAAAUAUGUCCAAGAAUACAAAAGCGUCAACAAACGGAUUAGAAAGGGAAUGAAAGAAGCGAAGAAAAAGUGGAUAGAGAAUAAGUGUCAAGAAAUUGAACAGGGACUUAAUAGAAACAACAGCAAAAAAGCGUACCAAUUAGUAAAGGACCUCACUACUUCAAAGCAUGGAAGAACCAACACAAUACAAGACAAAAACAACAAAUGCUUAACCGAGGACAAAGAUGUGUUGAAAAGAUGGACGGAAUACUGUUCAGAGUUGUAUAACUUUGAAAUCUCAGGAGAUCCAGAGAUACUAAAUGUCCCGACAGUUUCCAACAUUGACGACUAUCCGAUUCUUCGCUCGGAAGUAGCAGCAGCAGUAAAAGCCCUGAAAAAGUGA